GUUAAGAGCGCGACCCGCAGCCCAGGUCACACCUCGCCCAGAGCAAGGCAAGGCAGGCGGUGGGCUGAGCCCGCCACACCCGCCUCGGUCACCCGCCUUUAUGGCGGCGGCGACCGGGCUGAGGGACCCGGCGCAGGACUGUGUGACCUUUGAGGAUGUGACCAUCUACUUCUCCCAGGAGGAGUGGGGACUUCUUGAUGAGGCUCAGAGACUCCUGUACUGCGAUGUCAUGCUGGAGAACUUUGCACUUAUCGCUUCUCUGGGACUUACAUCUUUCAGGUCUCAUGUAGUUGCCCAGCUGGAAAUGGGGGCAGAGCCCUGGGUGCCUGACAGAUUGGACAUGACUUCAGCCAUGGCAAGAGGGGCAUAUAAUGGGCCUGGCUCUGAUGUCCGCCAUGGAACAGAGGGUGACAAAUCACCUUCUGAGCAUAGUGUUUCUGUAGGAGUGUCACAGGACAGGAAUCCCAAGACAGCUCCAUCCAUCAAGAAGGACUACCUCUCUGACAUGUGUGACCUACACUUGAAAGACAUUUUGCACCUGGCUGAACACCAGGAAACACAUCCCAGGCAGAAACCAUAUGUGUGUGAGGCAAAUGGGAGAAAGUUUGAGUUCAUUGCAAACCUUCACCAGCAAAAGAUGCAGCAGGACAAAGACAAGUCUAUCAGAAGGCAAGAAGGUAGGGCCUUGCUUAUGAAGAGUUGGAGAGAUGAGACAUCUGAGAAACCUUUCACUUUCAGGGAGGGUGGGAAGGACUUUGUAGCCAGAUCUGGCUUUCUCCAGCAUCAGGUCACUCACAGUGUGAAGGAGCCACACCAGGGAACCAGAGGUGUGGAUGGUUUUCACACUGUCCAAGGCUGUAACAGGUACAGUGAGUUUGGGAAUGCAUUCAGUGACAAACCUACACUUGCUCAGCACCAGAGAACCCACACUGCCGAAAGACCUUAUGAGUGCAGCAAAUGUGGGAUAUUCUUUAGCCACACCACUGGCCUUUUUCAGCACCAGAGGGAUCACAAUAGAGGAAAGCCUUAUGAGUGCUGUGAAUGUGGAAAAUUCUUUAGCCAACACUCCAGUCUCAUUAAACAUCAGAGAGUUCACACUGGUGAAAGUCCUCAUGUAUGUAGUGAAUGUGGGAAAUUCUUUAGCAGAAGCUCCAAUCUCAUUCAACAUAAGAGGGUUCACACUGGAGAAAAACCUUACAAGUGCAAUGAAUGUGGGAAAUUCUUUAGCCAACGCUCCAACCUCAUUCAUCAUAAGAGGGUUCAUACUGGUAAAAGUGCUCAUGAGUGUAGUGAAUGUGGGAAAUCUUUCAAUUGUAACUCCAGCCUAAUUAAACAUUGGAGAGUUCACACUGGAGAACGACCCUAUAAAUGCAAUGAAUGUGGAAAAUUCUUUAGUCACAUUGCUAGUCUCAUUCAACAUCAAAUAGUUCACACUGGUGAACGGCCUUACGGAUGCAGUGAGUGUGGGAAAGCCUUCAGUCGAAGCUCUGACCUCAUGAAACAUCAGAGAGUCCACACUGGUGAGCGGCCUUAUCAGUGCCCUGAAUGUGGGAAAUCAUUCAGCCAAAGCUCCAGCCUCAAUAGCCAUCGGAGACUUCACACUGGUGAGCGGCCUUAUCAGUGUCCAGAAUGUGGGAAAUUCUUUAACCAAAGUUCCAGCCUCAGUAAUCAUCGGAGACUUCACACUGGUGAGCGGCCUUAUGAAUGCCUUGAAUGUGGGAAAACCUUCAGACAAAGGUCUAAUCUGAGGCAACACCAGAAAGUUCACAAACCAGAUAGGCCAUAUAAGUGCAGUGAAUGUGAAAAAGCCUUUAGCCAAAGGCCUACCCUCAUUCGGCAUGAGAAAAUUCACACUAGAGAAAGGAGUACCGAGAAUGUGCUUCCUCCUUCGGCACAACAGUGCACACUAGAGAUAAGCUCUGAGAGUGGUCUUUAUGAGGGAGCCAUCAGCCAAAAGUUGGACCUUGUUCAUCCAAAUAUUCACCCUAGGGAGAUUCCCUAUGAAUGCUAG